AUAAUCUUAAGUAAAUCUCCAAAUGGCUGUAAAACUAUAAUAAUAAGUUGCACCAAAGAUGUUAUUUCGGUAUUAUCGUCUGGAACUUUGCUAAUUUGGAAAAAGUCACAGUUGGAAUAUUCUGAUAAAAGAACAAACAAAAAAAGAAGUUAAUUGUUGUAAAGAAUGCUAUUCCUCAGAAAUCCAUUGAGGAAAAUUACUUGUAAAUUGAUUUUUUUUUUUUUUUAUUAAAUGAAAACAGAAUAGUGAACAUUUAACUGUGGACACGUUGUUUAUUGAGUGAGACACAAACUACAGUAUAUGGGUUACUUAUGAAGUACUUUGUGUUAAGGUCAAUCAUUUUAAAAUUCAUAACUGCAAUGAAAAUGGUGAUGAACGUGAGGUUGUCUUACCACCCUGCUAACAUUUAGAGAUGCUCUUUCGACUCGUCUAAACACAAUUUGACGUUGUUUCUGACUGAUUUUCUGUUUGAAACGUUUUCAGUUGGUUUUGUAUUUUGAACGUUGUGUAGUGAAGUGUAAUUUAAGGGAGAGGAGAAUAUUAGGGUGAAUUAUAAAGUAAGUAUAGUUUUAUAAACCAAACAUUGUUUCUCUUUUGUAUAUCUUUUGGUUCGUCAUCUGUGCUUGUUAGUAACUGAAACCUAGAUGGUUCGUGUCAAGAAAAAUAAACUGUUUAAGUCAACAAAUAAAGCACUAUAAUCAAAUUCUUAGCACUUCAAGAUAUUUUUAAUAAAUAUAAAUCACCAUGAGGCUUCAUUUUGCAAUUAUUUCUCACUUUAUUAUCUAUUUUUUAAUCAAAGGAGUUUUUUUUGUUUAUUAUUUGUUUCCAUCCCUUCUGGUGAAGGUGUGUCUGUUCUGUUAGGUGUUUGUCUUACCUUUACCUGUCUGUCUCUGAGCUGAAGGCUUCGGCAGCGACUGCGCAUGUCCGCAGACUGUAAUCAGCUGAGCGCUUCCUGCACCUGCCGCUGCCCGGAUCCGGUUGGUCCAGCCGCGGUUUGAAGCCUCCCUUCUGCUCUAAACCCUGGAAGCCGCGUUGCCAGGUUUGAAAAAAAAAAUCCACCUUUCAGGCUGUGGCUUCAUUGGCAUUAUGGGCGCCUGCUGACGGUGGGGGAUCGAGCAAACCGGAUCUGGUUUCCGUGAGGAACACAAGUAUCAACCGGAACGGAUUUCACAGCAGGGCUGAAAGCAACUGACGAAGAUGAGGUGUUUAUUUAUGCAGCUUGGUGUCGCGGUGAUUAUUCGCCACAUGGCAGCUGAUCUGUGCCGCUGCUGCUGGAAGGCGCACGCGGCAGGCUGGUGAGCAGAAGCGCGGCCGCUUCCUCCUCCCGCCCUCAUCCAGAGGGGUGACGGCUGGCCUGACAUCCCUGCCCAUCUCCUCGGGAAUGAAUCAUCGCUUUCUCCGAGCUCUGUGAUGCUGACACCGCCGCUGCGCCCGUGAAAACACCAGCGACAGAGGCGCGCGCGCGGACAGAAACACACCCAGCGCGGCUGCGCGCGCCCCUCUAUUCUCUGUGGUCUUUCGGCGUUUGGAGCCAGGAUGGAGGAAAUCCUGCGAAAGCUGCAGAAAGACGCGUCCGGGCACAAACACAAAGGCGUCCGAGACGCCUGCGUGUUCGCCUGCGAAACUCUGGAGUCUCAGAGAGGAUCAAGAAAAAUCUCAGCGUCUCAACUUCGCGAGCGCUGUCUGCUGCCUCUUCAGAUGGCUCUGGAGUCUAAAAACACCAAACUGGGCCAGACUGCGCUCGCGGGCAUGCAGAAGCUGCUGUGUGACGACAGGUUCAUGGGGGGUGUUUCUAUGGAGACGGAGGUCCUGGAGAAACAGAUGCUCAGCCAGAUGUUGGAGGCCAUCAGGGUCACGCCUUCUCUGCAUGAAGAUCUGCAGGUGGAAGUGAUGAAGGUCCUGCUGUGCAUCACUUACUCACCAAACUUUGACAUCAAUGGAAGCUCCAUCCUGAGGAUCGCUCAGGUCUGCAUCGAGACCUACAUGUCCAGCUGUCACCAGCGCAGCAUCAACACCGCCGUGAGAGCCACGCUGAGCCAGAUACUCGGAGACAUGGCGCUGCAGCUGCGGCACAGGCAGGAGGGAGCUGAAGGAGACGAGGCCGCUGCCCCCCCUCUGCAGAAACGAGACAUUUCUCCCACCAGCCAGGCUUUGUGUGAAGACGUGGUGAUGGUUCUGACCGUCUUUUGUGAAAAACUGGAGUCGGUGGACAGUGAAAACCAGCUGCUGCAGCUGCUCUACCUUGAGUGCAUCCUCUCCAUGCUCAGCAGCUGUCCUCCCACAAUGCAUCUGUCCAGAAGCUUCACUGAUCUUGUGUGGAAGCAGCUGUGUCCGUCCCUGGUGGCCAUCAUGGGGAAUCCGGUCAACGACAAAACCAUCACCUCCCAUCACAGCCUGGGGGCGCCGGAUCGAGAUCGGCUCUCCGAGAGGUUCAGUCAAGGACUGGCUCAGGAGGCGGAGCCUUCCAGUGGAGGAGUGUCGGAUCAGGGCCGCGGGUCCGGCUGCUCCUCCAGCGCUCCGGCCCGGAUCGCUCCUGUGGUUCGGACAGUUUGUUACAUCGCAGCCGAGCUGGUCCGGCUGGUGAGCUGCGUGGAGUCGAUGAAGCCGGUGCUGCAGUCGCUGUAUCACCGGAUCCUGCUGUAUCCGCCUCCUCAGCACCGGACCGAGGCCAUCCGCAUCAUGAAGGAGAUUCUGGGCAGUCCGCAGCGACUCUACGACCUGGCCGGGCCUUGUGUCGCUGAACCCGAAACCAGGAAGCGCUCCUUCUCCAAGAGGAAGUCUCACCUGGACCUGCUGAAGCUAGUGAUGGACGGCAUGACCGAGGCCUGCGUGAAGGGAGGCAUCGAGGCGUGUUUCUCCUCCGUGUCCUGCGCCUGUGCGCUCCUCGGAGCGCUGGAUGAACUGUCGCAGGGGCGGAGCAUCCAGCCGGAGCAGGCUCGCCUCAUCCUCAGACGGCUGGAUGACCUCAGAGAAGGAUCCGAGUCGACCCGCGAGUCCAUGGAGAUCAACGAGGCGGACUUCAGGUGGCAGAGACACAUCCUGUCCUCGGAGCAGUCCCCGUGGGACCCCAGCUCGUCUUUCGCCAACGUGGCCGCGGCGGGGGCGACCGAGUGCAGCCCCGACAUCAGCAUCAGCAUCACCACAGAGACGGGCCAAACCACCUUAGAUGUAGAGCUGGGAGACCUCCAUCAGGGCCCCACCACCCCAGAGGAGUGUGAGGAGGACGCUCGGCUCCCCUCGCCGACGUCUUUUGGUGGUCAGGAGGGAUCCAAACGCGAGCUGAGCUCGGGAACGUUGGAGUCGAGACACAAGGCGGAGGAGAGAGAGGUCACGUUUGGGGCUGAGGGAGGAAAAGAGAGAGGAGGUGCAGCUCCUCCAGACGUGGUGCAGAGGAGUCACGCCCUCGUCUUCCCCGACAUCACAAACUUUUUGUCUGUGGAGUCCAGGACAAAGUCCCACCAUGGAGGCGGUUCACGGUACAGCGAGAGCAACUUCAGCAUGGAGGAGCAGGACCUGUCCCGGACCGAGUUCGACUCGUGCGAUCAGUACUCCAUGGCUGCUGAGAAAGACUCCGGCCGGUCCGACGUGUCCGACAUCGGUUCCGACAACGUGUCGCUGGCCGACGAGGAGCAGCAGACGCCGCGGGACUGCCCCGGCCACCGCUCCCUGCGCACCGCCGCGCUGUCCCUCAAACUGCUCCGGAACCAGGAGGCGGAUCAGCAGAGCGCCAAGCUGUUCGUCCAGUCUCUGUCCGCCCUUCUGCCCAGGCUGCUGGGUCUGAGCUGCACCGCCGAGGUGGACCUGUCCCUGCAGAACUUCUCCUCCAGCUUCUGCUCCGGGCUGCAGGCUGGUGGGAUUCACUCUCCAGGUUUCGAGGCGAGCGACUCUCUGAGCUGUCAGUCCCUGAUGAACGCAGACGGUCUCUACCUGGUGUCCUACUACGCCCUGCUGCUCAACCUGAAGCUCUGCUGCUGCGACUACUACAGACGCAGAGCGCUCACUCCGCUCCUCAGCCUGAAGGACUUUGUGGGGCUGAUCCAAAGCAGCGGCGUCCUGGUGGUUCUGUCUCAGGCCUGGAUUGAAGAGCUGUACCACCAGGUGUUGGAGCACAACCUGCUGGCGGAGGCCGGAUACUGGGGCUCCCCGGAGGAUCUCAAGCUGCCCCUCAUCACCCUGCUCACAAAUAUUGACGGACUGGGCAGCAGUGCAAUCGGAGGUCAGCUGAUUAGACGACCUUCGUCCCAAACCGCUCUGGGCUGUGCCAAAGACGGCGGCGACACCGUGACGGCAGGAGCUGUGUUCUCGCGCUUCAUCCUCACCGGUGUGUGGAAGAACCUGAUCGAUGUGCUGUCCACGCCGCUCACGGGUCGCAUGGCGGGCAGCUCCAAGGGCCUGGCCUUCAUCCUGGGGGCAGAGGGCGUCAAAGAGCAGAGCCAGAGGGAGAGAGACACCAUCUGUCUGAGUUUAGACGGCCUGCGCAAAGCGGCGGCGCUCAGCUCCAGCCUCGGUGUGGCUGCCAACUGUGCCUCAGCUUUAGCCCAGAUGGCUGCCGCCUCCUGUGUGCAGGAAGACAAGGACGAGAAGGAGGCGGGAGAGUCUGGAGACGCCAUCUCACAGGUGAAGCAUCGUGUGGAGCAGCGACUGGAACAGAUGAGUCGUCCUCAGGGCGUCCGCCUGCACACCGCGCACGUGUUGUGCAUGGACGCCAUCCUAAAUGUAGGCCUGGAGAUGGGCAGCCAUAACCACGACUGCUGGCCGCACGUCUUCAGGGUGACGGAGUACAUCAGCUCGCUGGAGCACACCCACUUCAGUGACGGCUCCUCGCAGCCGUCCUCUCUGACCACCAUCACCCAGCAGAGCCAGCAGGCCGCCGCCGUCGACCUGGGGCUGGAGCUGAGCUGUGAGCCCAGCCCGGAGGCCGCAGAGCUGAGUCUGAGCCAGCCCGUCAUCCAGCCGCUGUCCAUCCAGGAGCUGCUGAAGGAGAGCAGCAGGGGGGGGCGGGGCCUGGACCUGAGGAGCGGCAGCCUGAUGACCGGAACCAGCGCCGCCAAGGCUGUCUGUACGCUGUCGACGCAGGCUGACAGGUUGUUUGAAGAAGCAGCCAGCAAGCUGAACCUGGUGGGCCUGGUUGGGUUCCUGCAGCAGCUCAGAAAAGCGUCUCAGUCUCAGCUGUUUGACUCUGUCACAGAUACUGGAGACUACUCGCUGGCAAUGCCAGGAGAAGCCAAGUCGACUCUGGACCGCCGCAGCACGCUGCAUCUCUUCCGUCUGGGCGAGGCCAUGCUGCGGAUCGUCAGGAACAAGAACCGGCCUCUGCUUCACAUGAUGAGGGCCUGGAGCGUGGUGGCGCCACACCUGGUGGAGGCUGCGUGUCACAAAGAGCGACAUGUGUCCCAGAAAGCCGUGUCCUUCCUCCACGACGUCCUGACGGAGGUGUUGACCAGCUGGGCGGAGCUCCCUCACUUCCACUUCAACGAGGCGCUCUUCCGGCCUUUCGAGCACAUCAUGCAGCUGGAGCUGUGCGACGAGGACGUGCAGGACCAGGUGGUGACGUCGAUCGGAGAGCUGGUGGAGAUGUGCUCGCCACAGAUCCUGUCGGGGUGGAGGCCUCUGUUCAGCGCUCUCAGGACGGUCCACGGCAGCAAAACUGAGACCAAAGAAUACCUGUUGGGGGAAUACUCCAUGGGGAAGUCCCAGGCGCCAGUGUUUGACGUCUUUGAGGCCUUCAUCAACACCGACAACAUCCAAGUGUUUGCAAACGCCGCCACCGACUACAUCAUGUGUCUCAUGAAGUUCGUCAAAGGCCUGGGAGAGGUGGACUGUAAGGAGAUCGGCGACUGCGUUCAUGCGUCUGCGUACAGCUCCACAGACCUCUGCCUGCCGGCGCUCGACUACCUGCGCAAAUGUUCACAGGCUCGGCUCGCCAGCCUGCCGAUGAGAUCUCAGGAGCGCUCCAUCAGCAGCGAGGACGGGCUGGACAGUGUCCUCCAGGAGUUUGAUGAUGAAACAGGUUUGAUCCAGGUGUGGAUUCUGCUGUUGGAGCAGCUGACGGCGGCCGUGUCAAACUGUCCUCGCCAGCAUCAGCCUCCGACCCUGGAGCUGCUCUUCGCUCUGCUGAGAGAAGUCACUGCUGUUCCAGGUCCAGGCUUUGCCAUCUUCUGUGUCAUUCAGCUGCUGCUUCCUGUGAUGUCACGCUGGCUGCAGCGUAGCCAUGGCGACCACUCUUACUGGGACGUGGCAGCUGCAAACUUCAAGCAUGCGAUCGGUCUGACCUGUGAGCUGGUGGUGGAACACGUCAACAGCUUCAUCCACUCAGAUAUCGGCUACGAGUCGCUCAUCAACCUGAUGCUGAAGGAGCUCUUUAAGCUGCUGGUGGCGUGUGUGUCUGAACCUGCAGAGACCAUCUCCAGAGUGGGCUGCUCCUGCAUCAGGUACAUUCUGGUCACUGUGGGUCCGGUGUUCACAGAGGAGAUGUGGAGGCUGGCGUGCUGCGCUCUGCAGGACGCGUUCUCUGCUACACUAGAGCCUGUGAAGAACCUGCUGGCGUGUUUCCACAGCGGAUCCGACAGUUUUUCCGGAGACGCUUGUGAAGUGAAGGUUGCAGCUCCGUCUCGUUCUCCCUCAGCGGAAGCAGAAUACUGGAGGAUCAAAGCUGUGGCUCAACAGGUCUUCAUGCUGGACACUCAGUGCUCUCCAAAGACGCCCAACAACAAGGACGGCUUUGAGCACGCUCAGUCCUGCGUCCUCAUCAUCGAGCUGCCGUCCGACCAGCAGUCCAACGGACACGCUCAGAAGAGGAAAAUUGGGAUCCCGUUCCGGACCAUCGUGGUGAGCUUGCUGUCCCACCAGGUCCUCCUGCAGAACCUCUAUGACAUCCUGCUGGAGGAGUUCGUCAAACAGCCGGAAGGAAAUGAAAGAGUCACUCCUGUGACCUCUGACCCCAGCAGACCCACGGCGGGCUUCCUGCGCUACAUCUCCAUGUCUAAUUUAGCCAUAAUCCUGGACCUGCUGCUCGACUCGUACAGGACGGCCCGCGACUUUGACACCCGCCCUGGGCUGAAGUACCUGCUGAUGAAGGUGUCUGGAGUUUGUGGCGCCGCUAACCUUUAUCGGCAGUCUGCCAUGAGCUUCAACCUGUACUUCCAGGCGCUGCUUUGCGCCACGCUGAGCCAGGCUGAGAGCAUGACCGCACAGCAGGUGAAGAGGAUCCUCUAUGAAGAUGAAGAGGGGAGCUCCGACUCGUCUCAUCCGGGUUCCGCUUCCUCGGAAGAUGAAGACAUAUUUGAAGAAACGGCACAGGUGAGUCCUCCUCGCGGCAGAGAGAAGCGCCACCCGUGGCGACCUCCCAUCACACCUCUCGGCGUGCAGCCGCUGGGGAGCGCAGACUGGGCCUGGCUGGUCAAACGGCUCUACAAGGUGUGCAUGGAUCUGUGUAGCAGCUACAUCCAGAUGCACCGGGACCUGGAGAGCACGCUGGAGCAGUCGCCGCUGCUCAGAGGAGGCGCCGGAGGAGGAGCCGAGCACGUCUUCUUCCUACCUCUGUUCCAGUCUGAGACGCCCACUCCAACGUCACCGGGCGGGCUGUCGAUGAGUGGAACGCCCUCGGAGGAGGGGGGCUACCGAAGUCAGUCAGCUGACCUGAGCGCGGCGUCACCGGGGGACACGUCCACCCCCAGCCCAAGGUUCAGCUUCACAGGAAGCCUGCCGCACCACUUCAGGACAGGAGGAGAGAGGAGGGAGUCCAACAUCACCGGAAGCUCAGUGGGAGGGGCUUCUAGCUGCUCCGGGCCGGGACGCAGAAAGGAAUGGUGGGAGAGCGCCGGAAACAAACUGUACACCAUCGCCACGGACAAAACCAUCAGCAAGCUGAUGAUGGAGUACAAGCGGAGGAAGCAGCAGCAGCAUCAGCCGCAGCAGAGCCACCUCAACCUGUACAUGAAGGAGCAAGGGCGAGGAGGCGGGGCUGCAGGAGGAGGAGGCGGGACUGUUGCAGAGAGGAGAGCUCCGGGGGAACCCCCACAAAGACCACAGCAGCUGAUUGACCAGCAGGGGCCCCAUCUGAGGCACUCGGUCAGUGCUGGACCAGAAGUGCUGAGGCAGGAGAAGAGGCCGCGGUCUGGAUCCACCAUCAGCUCCCACAGCAUCUCUCUGAGGGACUCGGAGGCCCAGAUCCAGGCUUGGACCACGAUGGUCCUGACGCUCCUGAACCAGGUUCUGGCCCUGUCCGACUCCUCCUUCCUGGCGCUGCAGCCGGCGCUGUACCCCUGCCUGAGCCAGCUCUCCUGUCACGUAACCGACCCUCGCGUCCGCCAGGCGCUCCGCGAGUGGCUGAGCCGAGUCGGCAGACUCUAUGACAUCGUUAUGUGACGUCACCGCGAGAACUUUUGAUAGAACUGAAGGGUGGAAGCAUCCAAGCUGGAUGAGUCUGGGCUGACAGAAAACACUUCAGUGAUUAAUUGCCAACGUGUGACUCCUUCUUGGUAUUUUUCCUCACAGUUUUUGAAAACUGGGCGUCAGAUUUGCUAUGCUUUAAUGUCAUCGUCGCGGUACAAUCAUGAUGUGUUUCUCAGAGCUUUGCUGCAUUUCUCUGGUAGGAAUUCUUCUCAGCUGAUUAUUGAAACCAAUGAGACAUUUCUCCUGUGAACGUCGUUCAUUCUCUUCAGCGCUGCUGUACUCUGCAGGAAAGAUGUUUUUUUUUCCCACCAGCUUUCCCGUCAAAGUGAGCCGAGCGUCCUGACAACAGCAGUUAAGUCCGUCAUGAAAACGAGGUCACAGCAUCUAAGUCUGGAGAUGUGAGCGUUUCAUUUAUAGCUUUUGUUUUCUCUCUUUCCAAGUGAAGCUUUAGAGCAGAUUUAUAAUCUGCAUUUCUCUCUCAGUGUUUGAUUAUUCUCCUUUUAAAGAUCCUGCAGAAUCACCUUCUGAAUGUCUUUAUGAAUAAAACUUCUACUAUUGGGUAUUUAUUCAAAACCAUCUGUGUAUUUUGACGAUUCGUUCCAUGUAUGAUGUGUGUGUGUAUGUGGACGCUUGAUUUAAAUGAUUCAUUUUUCGUA